AUGGCGAAUUUUCCGAAACUUCCUCCUGGAACUGAACUUCAAGUAGGAAGCCAUAAAGUGCAGAUCAUUAAAUAUCUAUCCGAAGGGGGAUUUGCUCAUAUUUAUAAAGUAUCAAUUGAUCCAAUAGAAGAUGACAGUAACAUUGCGUGUUUGAAACGAGUGAUUGUUCCUGAUAAGAAUGGAUUGAACACUUUACGUAAAGAAGUUGAUGUCAUGAAGACCUUGCGCCACGGAAGAAAUAUUGUCAAGUAUUUUGAUUCUCAUGCUGAACGAUUACCCAAUGGAACUUAUCAAGUACUUGUGUUAAUGGAAUUAUGUCCCAAUAAGUCAUUACUAGACUAUAUGAAUGCACAUAUCAAGACCAAACUUGCUGAACAUGAAAUUCUUAGUGUAAUGUUGGAUAUUGCCCAGGGGAUUUAUGAAAUGCAUAAAUUGAAGUUAAUUCAUAGAGAUAUUAAAAUAGAGAAUGUCCUUAUUGAUGCUAAACAUAGAUUCAAAGUAUGUGAUUUUGGUUCAACCACAGUACCUAUCAUGCCGCCACAAGACCAACAGCAAUUUGCCUUCUUGAGUCAUGAUAUACUUUAUCAUACUACUCCUCAAUAUCGUGCCCCUGAGAUGAUUGAUUUAUAUAGAGGACUUCCAAUUGACGAGAAAUCAGAUGUUUGGGCAUUGGGUUGCUUUUUAUACAAAUUAUGUUAUUUUACUACACCCUUUGAAGCCAAUGGUGACAUUGCCAUUUUGCAUGCAUCUUUCCAAUUCCCACCCAAACCCAAAUUUUCAGGUGAUCUUAAGAAUCUUAUAAUUAUCAUGCUUCAAGAAAAUCCAAUUUUCCGUCCAAAUAUUGUUCAAGUAUUAAUGUUGAUUUCAAAAAUGGCUGGAUUUGAAUUUGAAGAAUUAGGACUUUCUGAUUUUUAUAAACUUGGUCCAUAUAACUUCCAAGCCUUACAUGAAUAUCAGGUUCAUAAGCAGAAUGAAAUAAUGAGACAGAAACAAUUAUACUUCCAACAACAACUCAUAUCAAGUUCACAAGCCCCAAGUACAGCCAGCUUACCAAUGCCAGCUUCUGUUCCUAUUCCUGGCCGACAAAACUUACCAGCAACAGCUGGUGCCGCCGCUUGCCUAACAGGUCCAGUAAAUAAGACCCCUCAAAAUUAUGUCCCAGCAGUGCAUGCAAGUUUGUCCGAAAAUAAUCUCGAAUCACAACGGCCACCACACGAGGAUGUAGAAGAACUCAAGCCACAACCAAAACCCAAUUUACUUGGAGUUCCAGCAAUCGAGAUUAUGGGUCAACAAAAUCUGAAUGAAUCAGCAUUAGAUCUGAGUGAUAAUGAAGAAUUGCUUGACGAUAUGGUUGAUUUCGAAAAUUUGGAGAAUGCCGAAGCAAGAUUCCCAUCUUUGGACGAUAUUGACAAUGAAAUUAAGACCACGUUAAACAAAGCCGCUUCUGCAAAGACUGCGAGCGACGUACGCAUCGAUCAUCAAACUAUAGAAUCAUCAAAGAAACGGCAAUCAAGCAUGCAGAAUGAACCCGCUUCUCAGGUUUCAAGAAAGGCUUCUCUUGAAGUACCGGUAUCAAAGGGAAACACACGUAAAAGCUCGGACGACAUUCCUAGAGUGGCAUCAGAGCAGUCGUUAUCUGCAGAAAAAUCGAAUUCUCAAAACUCAACAGAAUAUCAUAGUAUACAAGCAUGGGAAAAGCAGCCGCAGCGAGUAUCGAUAGAUACAGAUACCGAACGAAUUGCGGAUGACAUUUUCGGCGUAAGUAAAACGGAAACGCAAGAUAAGAUACCAGUAGAGGAAAUGAAUACCGAUUUGCCUGUCAAGAAUAUGAAUCACGAUGAGACUACAAGCGUCAGUAUCCCAAUUCCGAUGGCACAUGAUUCGAAUUUGCUUGAUCUUUCCGACGAUUUAGAUGCCAAAUUAAGCAUAAGCAACGAAAAGCCAACAGUGGUUUUCCAAGAACAACCAGACCAAAAGAGAAAUUCUAAUCCAUUUCCAUAUCCCGCAGUUACUCCCAACAUUGGCAAGAUUAAGGCUCCACUUCCAGAACUUUCAAUUUCUCAACAAAGUAGUACAAAUCCAUGGGGAGAAUAUAGAAUGACGCCUAGUGAGUCGUCUUCACAAGCUCAAGUACAAACUCCGAUCACAGCCCCACAGGCUAUAGCCGGUAUUAGUAAUAAUGCAAAUAUAGAUCCAGGGACUCUUAGAUCACCUCAGGAUCAAUUCCAUAUGUCUUCCUCUUUGGAAGCCCCAAGACCACAGGUAUUCGUUGAACAACCAAACUUGAUCGAUUUGGAGAUUGGUUUGAGCUCAUCCACUUCAACUGUACUGUUGCUCAAUAGUAAUCCACCUCCAAAGAUUGAGAACAAUUUUACCAUGGGUCAAGGAGAUUCAAAAGUGUCUUUGAUUGAUUUAGAAGUAACAGAAGAACCCAUUAUCAAGUCAGCUUCAGAUACACCCAAACCCAACUUUAAGAAACGCACAGGCGGUACAACAUCGAGCGUUGUACCCGAUCCAAAUAAUUUGAAAUUUGAAGAAGAGAUUAUAGAUUUUGCUUCUGAUGAUGAAAAUCCUGACAAUGCACCUACAAUGAAUAGAAUGAGUAUUAGAAAAUCAUUGAAGAAGUCGAGAAGAUCAGGGGAACAUAAACGGCCGGAGAGUUUAGUUAGUGAGACGAGAAAGAGGAUUUCAUUCUUCGGUGGGGAUUGA